GGCGCGCCGGGAGCGGGCCGAGCGGCACCAUGUCGGCCAAGGUGCGGCUCAAGAAGCUGGAGCAGCUGCUCCUGGACGGGCCGUGGCGCAACGAGAGCGCCCUGAGCGUGGAGACGCUGCUGGACGUGCUGGUCUGCCUGUACACCGAGUGCAGCCACUCGGCCCUGCGCCGCGACAAGUACGUGGCCGAGUUCCUCGAGUGGGCCAAACCGUUCACGCAGCUGGUGAAGGAGAUGCAGCUGCACCGAGAAGACUUUGAAAUAAUUAAAGUGAUUGGAAGAGGGGCAUUUGGUGAGGUUGCUGUUGUGAAAAUGAAGAACACCGAGCGAAUUUACGCCAUGAAAAUCCUCAACAAGUGGGAGAUGCUUAAAAGAGCAGAGACGGCGUGCUUCCGGGAGGAGCGUGACGUGCUGGUGAAUGGCGACUGCCAAUGGAUCACGGCGCUGCACUACGCCUUCCAGGACGAGAACUACCUGUACUUGGUCAUGGAUUACUACGUGGGUGGUGACUUACUGACCUUGCUCAGUAAGUUUGAAGACAAGCUUCCGGAAGACAUGGCAAGGUUCUACAUUGGUGAGAUGGUGCUGGCCAUCGAGUCCAUCCAUCGGCUUCAUUAUGUGCACAGAGACAUUAAACCUGACAAUGUCCUUUUGGACGUGAAUGGUCACAUUCGCCUGGCCGACUUUGGAUCAUGUUUGAAGAUGAAUGAUGAUGGAACUGUCCAGUCCUCGGUGGCCGUGGGCACUCCCGACUACAUCUCCCCGGAGAUCUUGCAGGCAAUGGAGGAUGGCAUGGGCAAGUACGGCCCCGAGUGCGACUGGUGGUCCCUGGGCGUCUGCAUGUACGAGAUGCUCUACGGAGAGACGCCCUUCUACGCCGAGUCUCUGGUGGAAACCUACGGGAAAAUAAUGAACCACGAGGAGCGGUUCCAGUUCCCGUCCCACGUCACAGACGUGUCUGAAGAAGCCAAAGACCUCAUUCAGAGGCUCAUCUGCAGCCGAGACCGCCGGCUGGGGCAGAACGGCAUCGAGGACUUCAAAAAGCACGCCUUCUUCGAAGGGCUCAACUGGGAAAGCAUCCGGGACCUCGAAGCCCCCUACAUCCCAGACGUCAGCAGCCCUUCCGACACGUCCAACUUCGACGUGGACGACGACGUGCUAAGGAACACGGAAAUACUACCUCCUGGCUCACACGCCGGCUUUUCGGGAUUGCAUCUGCCGUUCAUUGGCUUCACCUUCACGACGGAAAGCUCCUUCUCGGACCGCGGCUCUCUAAAGAGCACGAUGCAGUGCGGCAGCCUGAGCAAGGACGAGGACGUGCAGCGGGGCCUGGAGAGCAGCCUGCAGACGGAGGCCUACGAGAGGCGGAUCCGGCGGUUGGAGCAGGAGAAGCUGGAGCUGAGCCGGAAGCUGCAAGAGUCCACGCAGGCCGUGCAGGCCCUCCACAGCUCAGCCCGAGCCUUGGGGAACCCCAACCGCGACCAGGAGAUCAGAGCGCUCCGUGAAGAGAUCGACCGGCUGAAGCAUAAGAUCGCAGAUUCUGGGAGACUGGAGCGGCAGCGUGAGGACUCGGCGCUUCUCCGCCAAGAGCAGGAGGACUCUGCGCAGCGGCUGAGGGGCCUGGAGAAGCAGUGCCGCAUGGCGCGGCAAGAGAAGGAGGACUUCCACAAGCAACUAGCAGAAGCUUCUGAGCGGAUCAAGUCCCAGGCCAAGGAACUGAGAGACGCCCACCAGCAGCGGAAGCUGGCGUUGCAGGAGUUCUCCGAGCUCAACGAGCGCAUGGCCGAGCUCCGCUCCCAGAAGCAGAAGGUGUCGCGGCAGCUGCGAGACAAGGAGGAGGAGGUGGAGGUGGCCAUGCAGAAGAUGGACUCCAUGCGGCAGGAGAUGCGCAGGUCGGAGAAGUCCAGGAAAGAGCUGGAAGGUCAGCUGGAGGACGCCGUCGCCGAGGCCUCCAAGGAGCGCAAGCUCCGGGAGCACAGCGAGAGCUUCUGCAAGCAAAUGGAAAGUGAGCUCGGGACCCUCAAGACGAAGCAAGGGGGCCGGGGGCCCGGGGCCGCUGCGGAGCACCGUCAGGAGCUCUCCAAGAUCACGUCGGAGCUGGAAAAGAAGGUGCUGUUCUAUGAGGAGGAGCUGGUCAGGCGCGAGGCCUCCCACGUGCUCGAGGUGAAGAGCGUGCGCAAGGAGGUGCACGACUCCGAGGGCCACCAGCUGGCCUUGCAGAAGGAGGUCCUGAUGCUGAAGGACAAGCUGGAGAAGGCCAGGCGGGAGCGGCACAACGAGCUGGAGGAGGCCGUGGGCACGAUGAAGGAGAAGCACGAUCGAGAGCGAGCCGUGCUGUGUGAGGAAAGCAGGAAGCUCACCGUGGAGAACGAAAGGCUCUGUGCCUUUGUGGACAAGCUCACAGCCCAGAACAGGCAGCUGGAGGACGAGCUGCAGGACCUGGUGGCCAAGAAGGAGUCCGUGGCCCACUGGGAAGCCCAGAUCGCUGAGAUCAUUCAGUGGGUCAGCGACGAGAAGGACGCCCGGGGCUACCUUCAAGCUCUCGCUUCGAAGAUGACUGAAGAGCUGGAGGCGUUGCGGAGCUCCAGCCUGGGCUCCAGGACGCUGGACCCGCUGUGGAAAGUCCGCCGCAGUCAGAAGCUGGACAUGUCUGCCCGCCUGGAGCUGCAGUCCGCACUCGAGGCCGAGAUCCGGGCCAAGCAGCUGGUGCAGGAGGAGCUGAGGAAGGUCAAAGACGCCAACCUCUCCUUUGAAAGCCAACUGAAGGGUUCCGAAGCCAGAAACAGAGAGUUACAAGAAGAGAUGGAAAGUCUGAAGAAAAAGAUGGAGGAAAAGCUUAGAGCCGAACCUGGGCUGAAGCUCCCAGACUUCCAGGACUCCAUUUUUGAGUACUUCAACAGUGCGCCUCUUGCGCACGACUUGACGCUUAGGACGGCCUCUACUGGGGACCAGGAAGCCCACACGCCAAAGCCAGAAGUGUCACCGUCCAUGUCUGUGCCCUCGGGUGUAGAUCAGCAAGAAGACCUGGCUCGGGGCUUGCCCAGGCCCGCUGCCGCGCCACUGCCCACCACACCAGCCCUUGCCCUCGGCGGACCCAAGCCGAAGGCGCACCAGUUCAGCAUCAAGUCCUUCCCCAGCCCCACCCAGUGCAGCCACUGCACCUCGCUGAUGGUCGGCCUUCUGCGGCAGGGCUACGCCUGCGAGGUGUGCUCGUUCGCCUGCCACGUGGCCUGCAAGGACAGUGCCCCCCAGGUCUGCCCCAUCCCCGCUGAGCAGUCCAAGAGGCCCCUCGGGGUAGACGUGCAGAGAGGCAUCGGGACCGCCUAUAAAGGCUACGUCAAGGUCCCGAAGCCCACCGGGGUGAAGAAGGGCUGGCAGCGGGCCUUCGCAGUGGUCUGUGACUGCAAGCUCUUCCUGUAUGACCUGCCCGAGGGGAAGUCCACGCAGCCUGGCGUGGUGGCCAGCCAGGUCCUGGACCUCAGGGACGAGGACUUUUCCGUGAGCCCAGUCCUGGCUUCAGACGUGAUACAUGCUACACGCCGAGACAUUCCUUGUAUAUUCAGGGUGACGGCCUCUCUCUUAGGUUCACCUUCAAAGGCCAGCUCACUGCUCAUCCUAACAGAAAACGAGAAUGAAAAGAGGAAGUGGGUUGGGAUUCUCGAGGGCCUCCGGUCCAUCCUGCAUAAGAACCAGCUGCGGGGCCAGGCCGUGCACGUGGCCCAGGAGGCCUACGACAGCGCACUGCCGCUCAUCAAGGGCGCCCUGGCAGCUGCCAUAGUGGAUGGAGACAAGAUCGCCCUUGGCUUGGAAGAAGGGCUCUAUGUCAUCGAGCUGAAUCGCGAUGUGAUCGUCAGAGCGGCCGACUGCAAGAAGGUGCACCAGAUUGCUCUGGCGCCACGCGAGAAGUUGGUUAUCUUGCUGUGCGGCCGGAACCACCACGUCCACCUCCACCCGUGGUCGGCCUUAGAGGGCGCUGAGGGCAGCUUCGACAUCAAGCUCCCCGAGACCAAAGGCUGCCAGCUCCUGGCCACGGCGACCCUGAAGAAGAGCCCCGCCACCUGCCUGUUGGUGGCCGUGAAGCGGCUGGUGCUCUCCUACGAGCUGCACAGAACGAGGCCUUUCCACCGGAAACUGGGCGAGCUGGUGGCGCCCGGCCCCGUGCAGUGGAUGGCUGUGCUCGGGGACCGGCUCUGCGUGGGCUACCCAUCGGGGUUCGCCCUGCUGAGCACGCGGGGCGACGGGCACGUCCUCAGCCUGGUGAGCCCCGCCGACCCCUCGCUGGCCUUCCUCUCGCAGCAGCCCUUUGACGCGCUCUGUGCCGUGGAGGUCGGCGGCGAGGAGUACCUGCUGUGCUUCAGCCACAUGGGACUCUACGUGGACUCGCACGGCCGGAGGUCACGCGUGCAGGAGCUCAUGUGGCCCGCGGCCCCCGUCGCCUGUAGUUGCAGCCCCUCCCAUGUCACUGUGUACAGUGAGUACGGCAUCGAUGUCUUUGAUGUGCACACCAUGGAAUGGGUACAGACCAUCGGCCUUCGGAGGAUCCGACCUCUGAACCCGGAGGGCAGCCUCAAUCUCCUGGGCUGUGAGCCGCCGCGCCUCAUCUAUUUCAAGAGCAGCUUCUCCAGUUCUGUCCUGAACGUGCCUGACACCUCGGACAACAGCAAAAAGCAGAUGCUGCGGACGAGGAGCAAGCGGUGGUUCGUGUUCAAGGUCCCCGAGGAGGAGCGGCUACAGCAGAGGAGGGAGAUGCUGAGAGACCCCGAGCUGAGGUCCAAGAUGAUCUCCAACCCGACCAACUUCAACCACGUAGCCCACAUGGGCCCGGGCGAUGGGCUGCAGGUGCUCAUGGACCUGCCCUUGAGCUCGCUGCCGUCUGCACAAGAAGAGCGGCCCGGCCCCGCAGCAGCUGCCAGCACGGCCCGGCAGCCCCCGCCCAGGAACAAGCCCUAUGUCUCGUGGCCCUCGUCAGGUGGGUCGGAGCCCAGUAUGGCUGUGCCCCUGAGGAGUCUGUCCGACCCAGACCAGGACUUCGACAAAGAGCCGGACUCAGAUUCCACCAAGCACUCCACACGUCCAACAGCUCCAACCCCAGCGGCCCCCCGAGCCCCAACUCCCCGCACCGGAGCCAGCUCCCCCUGGAGGGCCUGGAGCCGCCCGCCUGCGACGCCUGAGCCGGAGCUCAUGCCAGGCCCGGCUGUGCCAAGAUCAGCGGACCCUUGUGUCAUCCAAGGAGGCGUGGGUGGGGUGACGCGGGGAGACAGGAGCCCCAGCCAUGGCCAGGCCCACCUGUCUGCCAUGGGCGGUGACUAUGCCGCCCACCCCCUGGGACCCUAGGCCCCCUUGUGGGGCUGGGAAGUAGCUGCUGCCCACCAAGACUGCGUCCAGGACCUCUGGGCUCCAAAGCUACCCAGGCUUGACACAGGAAGGUUUUGUGUGACCUUCUUGUUGCUAAGUUGCUGCGGGGCUCAGCUGCAGGAGUGUCCCAAGCCUUGCAGCCAGGGACCAGGACCCACAGUGCCACUGGCCCCUACUGCAGUGUCCACUGUGCCCCAUCUCCCACGAGUCUCUCAGCUCCUGCUGCUGGCCCCACCCCUGGCCAGGAAGCUGGGCAGCAGGGGCUGGAGGCCCCCUCCUGCGCAGCCCCUCACAUGGAGACCCCGUGAUCCGUCCCCUGAGCUGAUCACGUAGACGCACCCAUACACUCCGGGUCCCAGCCUCGGCCAGGCUGGCCGGCUGGCCGGCCCCGUAUUUAACCCCCGCUCCUGUCCUCCACAUUCAGUACUCGGGUUGUGACCCUGUGACAUUAAAGGCUUGUAAUUAUCUGGCAGCUGACUGCCAUCAUCCAGCUUGGACCAUCCCGUCAUGGCAGCCCUGUUCUCCACAUCCUGUGGGUGCAGGGGAGGGGCUGGCAACCCCCUCCCGGGGGAGGGGGGGGCUCUGGUUUUUACUUUUCUAACGUGAAGUCUGAGUCUUUGUAAUUACUGUCGUGGGGACACUUUGGACAAUUCACCUGUCAAUAAAGAGGCAGCCAGCAGUUUUCAACA